UACAGCAGCAUCAAAAUGUCAAAGUCAUGUCACCCACCUCUAUCGCCCUGGUUUGACCUUGUGCGCACCUUUUCGCGCAGAAUACAGCAAACGUUAUGCAGGAUGUAUGCAUUACAGAGAGGUCCAAGCAAACUCGUCGCCAGCACACGCAGAGGGCCAACGAAAUCCCUGAAUAACCUUGAAAAAAAGGACCACGAGAAAGAUUCCAGUGAGGAAAGCAGUAUGAGCUCUCCAAAACCAACUUUCAACUACAAUCAACAUCAUGUAAAUGGGAAGCGGGGAUUUCCUCGAUCAAACAGCAGUGGCUCAGCUGAGGCAGUCACUCCACAACAUGAAGAAAUCAUUAGAUUUCUGUAUGAUGCAUGGUUAAAAGUAAACAAUGAAAUGGAAGCAUGUGCUCGCAACCAGAGAGAAGGAGGACCUAUAAUGUAUAAAGAUAAAAACCCAAAUAACCCUAUCCUUACAAAUUUCAAGCCUUUUGAUCUGGCAUCCUACUGGGGAGAUCGCCAGCUAAACAGUUUGAAUAUACAAAAGUAACUCCCACGGAGGGAAGGAAUCGUGCUACCAUUGUCUUUCUACUGGCAUUUUAAAGUCAUCAUUUACAUUUUUAUUGUCAGAUCAUUCAUAUUUUAAGGUAUAUUUGAAUAUCAGCUUUUUAUUUCAGAGGCUGAUUAUCAAACAGCAAUUGAUACAUUUGUUGUGUAUGUAUUUGUUUAAGAUUUGUGUGCUAUUUUAAGAAAUAGUAUUUGUGAAAACUUUGUGACAUAAACAAUAAAUGAAAAUAAACAAUUUUCAAAUUGAGUAUUCAUGGUUUUGAUAGUACAAGCACUGUAGAAAAUCUUUGUCAUUAAAAUUUGAAAUGUC